AUGAAGCCAUCGAUAUUCGCAGACGCCGUGAUUACCGCUUCGUCCACGUCGGACGGCCACUCCCUCGCACAGCUGUUCGCCAUCGGUGGUCCCGUCGCAGCAUCGGCGCUCCUCGAACUCGGCGAUCCGCGACCCGCCCGGAUCAUCCCUUCGCUCCGGAAAUGUUCCGGCUACCUCUCUGCUCCGUGGGAAGACAUGUGUCUUCACCACCUUCUCUCGCUCUACAACUUCUCCAUCGCGUCCUCUUUGACGUCUGCCUCCGCCGUGGAUGCGGAAGGCAAAACUCGAUCAGAGCGGCUCUCGGAAGCGUUCGACGAGUACAAUUCGGUGGUGACGGCGUUUCUGAGGUAUUUUUCGACGCUCACACCUGGAAGGUGGGCUCUACCGCUGCUGAGGAUCCUCUGCUUGAAUCUGAGGUGGUUGGCGGUUCAAGCGGAUACCUCGAACCUUGAAAGUACGGCGGUUUCGACGGUCCGAACAUCGAACCAGGCUAACAAGAGGUUGGAGGAGUGCGCACGUCAACUCAACAAAGCUUUCACAGCGUGCAUCGCCGACCGCAACCCGGACAUCAACGAAUCGCGAAAGUGGGGUGUAUAUGAAGUCGUAGGGAUGGUGUUCAAGACGUAUUUCCGGUUGAAGAGCGUUUCGCUGUGUCGGAAUAUCUUGCGGGCGAUCAAUGCAGCCGUUCUGCCAGGGUUGGAGGAGUUUCCAAAGAGUCAACAGGUCACCUUCCGAUACUACGUCGGAGUACUCGCUUUUCUCAACGAAGAGUACGAUAGAGCAGAGGGGGAGCUGGAAGCUGCACUCAAGAUGUGCAUUCGAAGCGCUACCACCAACCAGACCUUGAUCCUGGUGUACCUCAUACCAGUCAAACUACUUCGUGGAUCUCUACCCUCCCCCACACUGCUGGCCUCGCCACCCUGUCAACCGCUACACCCUUACUACUCACCCUUCAUCACCGCCCUCCGCACCGGCAACGUCUCCCUCUUCGACACCACCCUCCUCGACCCGCGCAUCCAACGCUUCCUCGUAAAACGCGGUACCUACAUCGCCAUCGAACGCGCCCGCGAUCCAACCCUCCGAACCCUCCUCAAAAAAAUUCACUCCUCUUUGCCGCAAUCCUCAACCCGUCUCCCCCUAUCCCACCUCCGCACAGCCACCUCUUCCCCCCUCAUCAACCUCAAAUACUCCCAGAAAGAACUCGAAUGGCUCCUAGCUACCCUCGUCUUCAAAGGUUAUGUCAAAGGCUACAUCGCCCACGAAAGAGGCGUACUCGUGUUGAGCGCAAAAGAUCCCUUUCCAAGACUCGCAAAUGUACCCCUCACAACCACGUAG